AUGUCACCCCCGAACAACCCACAUACCUCACCUUUGCUGUACCUACUCUUCGGUCAGACCGGUGACCUGGGCAACAUCGUCAAGUUGACAGACCAAACUCCCCCCACGCCCUCUAACGACCGUCACGAAAUUCACGAAAUCACGACCCCUUCUGCGCAGCGCCAGCAGCAACGGAGGCACCCGCGGAAUAUUACCCCAGAUCCGGCCGAAAGACCGUCCACUCCCGCUUCAUCUCAACUCUCCCACCGCACCCUUCGACGUACGUCGCGAUUCGAAGCUACCCCGAGUCCUACACCACAGUCCGCGCGCCAGGUCCACAUCGAAGCCGCCUCGGUUGGUUUCAGUCCCAAACCACUAACCGCGACUGCACCUGUGCCCGCCCCAGCACUUGCGCCUGCGCCGACUCUUAAUUACGACUACCCCGAAUCGUUGCUCCCCAAGACCGACGAAACUCACGAUCUGAGCGAGGACGACUUUGACGACGAGUCCUCCGACGAAGCUCUGCAAUACCGAGACCCGAUAUCAUCGUCUUCUCACACUCGACGCGAGUCUCACCGCCCUCACCGCGUCUCCAGGAACACUCGUAGUGCUAUCCUAUUUGCCCUCGAGGAAGCGCUCCGACAACCCCACCCGUUCACGCCCGACGAAAUCGAAGAAAGCGCAUCAAUGGCUGACCUCACCGGGGGCGGCGCUGUCGCUUCCAACGGCAAUGCGUCCACUUCGGCCCGCCAGCGCCCUACCGGCGCGCCCAACCCUACCAGCUCGCCUUCUGGUAUCCGUGGUCCUAGAAUGAUCAUGCAGGAGCGCGCUGCUAGAGAGGCAGCCCGACAGAGAGCCGAGCAAGAACAGAUGCAGUUGGAGAGACAGCGAGCUGAGCAGGAUGCUCGUCUAUUGGAGGAGACGCAGAGACGGAAUGCGGAGCGCCGAGCCGCCGCCGCCGCCGCUACUGGCGCUGCCGGAGGAGGAUCAGCUGGUGGCGCUGCCAACGUGCCCCAACAAGACCCCACCUCCCAACGCCGACCCGUGGCCACCGAUACCCCACAGACCCGGACCAACCCGGGAGGAGGCUCCCGCCAGCCUACCACGUCCCAAGCCCACACUCGACCUAGUCGAACGGCGUCCAUUUCCCAGCCUGGCCAGCAACCCUACAGCACCGCCCCUCAAGCCGGCACCACCCAGCAGCCUGCUAACACCUCGAUCCAGGGAGGCCAGGAGUCCGGCGCUGCCGCAUCGAGACCUAGAAACUCCUUUCCUCAUGCGUUUGAGCGUUGGGAGACCUUGUCGGCUCACUGGGAGGGUCUCACCAGCUUCUGGAUUCGACGCCUAGAGCAGAACAACCAGGAUAUUGAACGCGAUCCUGUCAACCAGGCUCUCUCUCGUCAGGUCACCGACCUUACUGCGGCCGGUGCCAAUCUUUUUCAUGCAGUCGUCGAGCUGCAGCGUCUCCGUGCCAGUUCCGAGCGCAAGUUCCAGCGAUGGUUCUUCGAGACCAGAGCUGAGCUGGAGCGCGCCCAGGAAGUCAAUGCCAUGUUGGAGGCGGCCCUUGAAGAGGAGAGACGUGCUAGAGAAAACGCUGUCCAGGCCGCCAUCCAGAAGGAGCGUCAGCACUCGGCCAACGAUGAGCGUGUCAAAGAGAUGAAGAAGGAGCUCCAGAUCUCCAAGGAGGAGGCCCGUCGUGCCUGGGAGGAGCUCGGUCGACGCGAGCACGAGGAGCGCGAACGAACGCUUUCUCUGCAGAGCGGCCAGCCCACCAUCCUCGGCGGCGUUCAGGUUGUUCCCAUGACCCAGGGUGUCCCUAGCCGUCAUGGCAGCUCUCGUGAGCAGCGCGGGUACCAGUCCGAGUACAGCGGCCAGCAGACGGGUUUCACCGGCGACUUCUCGCAGGCGCCUAGCGGGCAGCCCGCCGCCGCGGGAUCCAACAACUUUUAUCAAUCUAGCGAUGCGGGCCAGGAGGGUGUUACUUACACCGGUGCUGGUUCCGAGGGCGGAUACUCUGAAGGUGAGUACGCUAUUGAUGCGCAGGGCCAGUUCAUUCGCGAUUCCCAGGGAAACAAGGUUCCCUUCAUUGCUCCGCCUUCCCCAGUUUCUGACGAAGGUACAGAAGACGCUGGCUACCCGCAGACUCCCACCACGGCCGGAGAGCAGCAGCAGCAGCAGCAGCCGUACACCGGUCAGGACUACUCUGGUUCUGGCUACGCCGCUCCAGGCUGGGAGACUGUCCCUCGGCAUCACCAUCCGACCCGCCUCAGCGACGUCAUGGAGGAGGAUGAGCGUAGCCGCGCCAGCAACAGCCAAGUCGGCCGUCACUAG